AUGGCUGAGAAGUUCGAACACGAGCCGAUGAAUCGAUAUCCCGAUUCAGGACUGUCCCUCCUGAUAGUAGGGGGAGGGAUCGCAGGCCUCGCCUUCGCUAUCGAAGCUCACCGUAAGGGACACAGCGUCCGAGUGAUAGAACGACGGCCGUCGUUUGACGACUUUGGUGACCUCAUAGCCAUUCAGACACCUGCGCUCCACACUCCUAAGCAAUGGCCCGGCUUUAUGGAACGCCUCAGAGCAUCCAGCUUCACUCCACGGACAGUCAUCAAGAAAUACGACGGUUCCCUCGUUGGGACGUUUCCGCUGGGCACUCCCGAUGAUCCAACUCUAGUGUUCAAUAGAUUCGAAUUUCACAACAUACUUGAGGAAUAUGCCCGAUCGUUGGAUAUUCCUAUCGAAUUCUCGUCAAAUGCUGUUGCCUACUUCGAGUCCGAUGAAAAAGGGGGAGUAGAAUUGUCAGAUGGCUCAAAACUGGAGGCUGACAUCGUAGUGGCUGCGGAUGGAGUCGGCUCUAAAUCGUGGAAACUCAUCUUGGGGGAAAAGAAUGAACCGGUCAGCUCCGGCUACGCUCUCUACCGUGUCAGUUUUCCGGUCGGUCCAGCAAUGGAAAAUCCCAUCAUCGCGAAAGAGUUUGAGGGCUAUGCAGACCGAGUGUCGGUGCAUGUCGGCCCAGAUGCACACGUUGUGAUCGGCAAAUCCGAGAAAGAAGUAUGUUGGGUAUUGACCCACAAAGAUGACGGGAGUGCAAACGAAGAGUGGACAAAGACGGCGUCUAGUGAUAAAGCUGUAGAGCUGGUCAAGGGUUGGACACCCUUCCUAACGGAGCUUAUCAAUGCUACCCCUGGACAUGCGGUUACAGACUGGAAGUUGAUGUGGCGCAAUCCACAGUCCAGAUGGGCAUCACCAAUGGGUCGAGUUAUCCAGAUAGGGGAUUCGGCACAUUCAUUUCUCCCAACAUCCGGCAGUGGGGCGACCAUGGCUCUGGAAGAUGCAUACUCAUUGGCAUCUUGCCUUCAGCUCUCUGGGAAACAAGCUGCUCCGCUUGGAAUCAAAGUCCACAAUCAUCUCAGGUUCGAGCGAGUGGACUGCGCACAGAAAACGGGUUUCAGAAGACGUGAAGCGUUUCACAAGACGGAUUGGGAGGCUGUUGCAAAGAACCCCGAUAUCCUAGGAAAGGCAGUUGGGGAUUGGGUUUUGAAUCACGAUCCGGAGAAGUAUGUGUAUGAGAAUUAUGGCAAUUGCGUGAACUUUCUUGUUGCUGGUGCUCCGUUCAAAAAUACGAAUGGCGUACCAGGCUAUGAGUAUAAACCUUGGACGGUUCAAGAGCUUCUAGAAGCCUCAGAACGUGGAGUUCCUACUGUGGAUGAAGGUGAUUGGUCCUGA